AUGAAUUCUGUUAACAUCUUACUGAUAUUAUAUUUUACGUUUGUUGUUGUCAAGGGUCAAGAUGAGUGGAACGGUGAUCCAUCAAUUUGUACACCCGAUUCAAAUCCAAGUCAAAUACCAGCUGGCGUUAUAUAUCCAACAUUUCCAAAAAAAGCUGAAUUUGCUAUUGAACUUGUUACAAAAGCCCACAUUGACGCUCCUAAUUUAGAUACAAUUCAACACAUGAUGUUGGAAUAUUUUUACGAUUAUGACGCAAAUACACAUGUAAUGAUUAAAAACUCAAAUAAUAUAAUUGAUGUAGAAUUCUAUUAUUACAAUAUUCUUAAAAAAUCAUCUUACUACGCUCGUCAAUGGUGUAAUGUAACCAAUAUUGAAAUGUAUCGUCUAACAGACGGUACAUCAGCGAUUAAUAUUGAUGGUAAACCACAUAUUAGGCCGUUAGAACAAUUUUUAUUGUUCAGUAAUAAUAAUCCGACAGAAGUUACUAUUCAUCCAAAAUAUAUUGGUGAAGACACUAUUCGUGGAAUCCGCGUAGACAAAUGGGAAACCUGUAUUGUGGACAAAUCGACAUAUCGAACAGCUAAACGUGAAUGGGCCUUUGCUAAGCCAAAUUAUCCUAUGCCAGCUGGAACUGUAACCACAUCGAUUCCUGUUCAAGCUAUUAUCACUGCAUCGAUAAUGACAAAUACUACAACGCAUGUACGAGAAGUUGAGGAAAUAAUCAAUGUUCUUUCGUACAAACCGGGUAUUAUUCAACGUGUUGACGCUUUUUCACCGCCACCCGGUGUAUUUUGUGCUAGACUUGGUGAAGAUAAUUUAUUCUCUCUAGAAGAUCAAGGUAUUGUAUGGCCAGAACAAUUUAGUGUAAGAAUUGAUGUCACAACGUCAAAACAAGUACAAUGGCAAACAUUUCACCUACGUAUUGAACGAAAUCGUGAUGGAGGAAAAAUGAUACGUUAUGAUUAUAAACCAUUGGGUGAUGAUUUUGAAUCAAUCAUAUUGGAUUAUUCUAAGAACAUGAAAUAUGUUAUUGAUCGUCAAUUAGGUUCGUGUAAAAUUGAAAAGGACAUUGAUUUUAAAGCAUUAGACAUCGUUACAAAUCCAAUUGAAUUUUUUAUUAAAUAUGAACAUUUGUUAAUGGAGAAUCAACCAACAAAGAAAGUGUAUCAAUUCAAUGGUUUACGUCCAUGUCGUGGUUCACAAAUUGAAUGUGUCAUUGUGACAACAUCACUCGAUAAUUUUCCGGAAAUACCCGCUACUGAGGAGACAUGGGAUGCAAUGAAUGUUGAGUGGGCAUGGUCACAGCGAAAUCACAGUGCAUCAAUAAAUUGUCCAAAUCCACCAUGUUCAGAAACAUUGUUUGAUUAUCCGGUCCAUUUAUAUUUAAAAUUAUAUCGUCGAACACACAAUGAAGGAUUAGGAUUUGAAACGGAAGACGUUCUAUAUGAUUUUUAUGAAUUAAAUGACGAUAUUCAUCAAAAUGAAUUUGAUGUAUCAUUGUGUUAUCGUUCAAAUGAUUUAGAUUAUUUACGUUUAGCAUUUAAUUUGAAAAUGAAUUCAAAUGAAAAUUUUCAUUUGCAUCGACACGCAUUAAUACUCGGUUUACAUCGGGAGGCAGCAAGAGUCAUGAAUAUUCAACCAUUACGUAUAUCAAAUCUAGAAGUUGAUUAUGAUCAACAAGAUGAUACUGUAUAUGCUUUGUUUACACUAUUGGAUAAAACUCCUUUACUAAACAGUCCAGAGGAAUUAAAUGUUCAAGAAGCUCGUACAAAAUUAGAAACGGCUAUCAAUGCUAAUAACUUUACAUUUGACCUUUUUUUUCUAUUUACUGAUACCAAUAAGAUAACAGUAAAAGCAGUACCAAAUUCUAUGGCUGAUUCAAAACAAUACAUAUCGUUACAUUCAAGACUAAAUCGAAAGAAAACCGUUAAAUAUACAAAAGGAUCACAAACUGGAGCUGUUAUUGGCGGUAUUCUUGUUGGUUUGAUAGUGGGCAUUAUAUUAAUAGUUGCCAUCAAAUAUGUGAGAAAAGACCCAUUACCAUCAUCUGAACAAUUAAAAGGAACAUUUUUCACAUCACCAUUUCAUUCUCGUAAAAAUCAAGCAAAUACACAAUCUGAAUCAAAUACUUGA